AUGAACAUCAAUCCUGACGACCCUUUUGAUGCCGCAGUACGACAUCGUUCCUUCACGGGAGAUCGUGACCUUUCAACUCUCUCUGAAAUUCCUUCAAUCCUAACACCACAUACCAAAGAAAAUAUGUCUAUUCCUCCGCCGCCCUACUCAUCUGUUUCCGUUUCACAAUCCUCCCACACAUCCUCUUCUCUCUCUGUCACUACCUCUGCAGAUGCUACUAUCUCCCAACCACCUCUCCUUCCUCUCGGCAUGGCCCCUUCGCCUAUCGGGGAAACGGUGUCAUCUAACCUGAUAUCAUGUAUUGGCAGUAAGAAUUCACCAGGGGCAUCCAAUUCUACUGGAGAUGUUACUAAAAGCAACUCCAUAAACAAUGAAUUGACCCCAAAUGAAGACGAGAGUGGUUCUGGAUCUGCUGGCACCGCGCCUAGUUCUAGCGCUAAUGGUGCUGACGACGGGGCUGGUAGAAGUGGAAAUAAUCAAGGAAAUAAUGCAACCAAUACUACGGGCAGCUUUGAGUGCAACAUCUGCCUGGAUCCGGCAAAGGAUGCAGUAGUCAGUCUUUGUGGCCACCUAUUUUGCUGGCCAUGUCUACACCAGUGGUUGGAAACCACCACACAGGCCAGAGCCAUCUGUCCUGUCUGCAAGGCGGCGAUUAGCCGUAAUAAGUUCAAAGACCUGACUCUGAACAGAAAAGACUUGAAUAUCCAUCUGGUAGAAAGAUUCAUCUUAUCUUGA